CAUAGAAGGUUUCGCAUACAAAGUGAGUUCUGAAAACAAUUUCUUAGUCUGGAGAAUAUGAAAUUACAAAAAAAAGUGAUAAAAUUAAAACUUAAUCCUUUGACGCAAAAUAUUUGGACGACAGAAUUAUGAUUUAUCAACGAGAACAUAAAAAGGAUAAAGUGCGUGAUAUCCGGAGCGUGGCAGAGCGCGUGAUAAAUAACGCGAUGAAAUCAGCCGAAAAUACAGUCAACAGUGGCAAGAACAUUACAAAAUCCACCACCCUUUGGAGGUUUCAACCAUCAACAAUAGAAAUAGACAAAACAACGCAUAGCACGCCGGCCGCCACAAGGUGGCAUUGGGAGAUCAAGGACUUCAGUUUGGCUCGAAUAGUAGCCCAAAUAAACGACUAUGUUAAUCUGUGGCAACUCUCGAAAGGGAUCAAGUUUUGCAUAAAACACAUUAUGUCCCAUUUCGAUGAAAUUGCUAUUGCUACCACCUCUACCGCUGACGCCUGCGACCCAAAUGUAAUUCCUUGCUGUACCUCUCCAAAGGAUGACGAUGCCGUCCCCAGAGACACUAGUAGACAUACCAUAGAUGUGCUCUUCUCCAAACCAACAAUGGUUUGCCCUAAUCCUCUGGCAGUUGCCAAAGUGCACUUCAUAAUUUAUGCAGUUGCGUUGAAGGAGGACAAGCUGCAACUUCAGCUUCAGCCAAUACAUGAGCAAAGCACCGACACCGGCACCAACCAUCAGAAACAUCCAAACCAUCAACAAGAGGAGAAAGAUUCGCCUUGCACGUUAGUCAGGGUGAAAUAUCAAUUUGAAGGAUUCAAAUCUUGGCACAUGGUUGAUAGUGAUCGCUUCGAUUUUCAAGAUGCAUACAUUCGAUUUAUAUUAAACUCGAAGGCGAGGUUCUUUUUUAAUGGUGUUUUGAAUUAAUGAUGAAACCGAGUGAGUAUCCUUGCGAAUAAGAAGAGGAAGAAUUCCAAAGCCAGCACUACAAAUCUUUAACCUUUUUUCUACUGCUUUUUCUUUUGCUUGUACAUUGAAUGAGUUUACUUAGUAGGAGGCGGAGGUGAAGGCGGGGAUUGCUAGAAGGAUGAGAAAAGUGUCUCAACACACCAUUACCAUCAUCAUCAGUAUCACUAUACUAUAGAACACAUAUGAAUUCGUAAUUCUCCUCUAUUUUUUGUUGCGGAUAGAGUCAAGUAAAGCGCGCGUUUAUUUUUAAUGAAAUAUCCUUGAGAUGAGUUUGUUCUCCCUUGCCUCUUUUCCAUCCCCAUCUCCGACCCCGUCCUCCGUCAUCAUCUUCUACUUCGUCUCAUGCCGUUUGAGUGUAUAAAAUAGAUCCAAUAAAAUUCGAGAGUUUGCAAAGCACGA